AUGGCAGCUCGCUACUGGGACAAGCUGGAGGAUCUGAGCCGCAAGUACAAGGAGUUCGUCCUGCAGAACCCCACCGGGGCCACCCAGCUGGAGGGGGCAGUGCGCAUGCUGUCCUACCUGAUUGCAGACGAUUUCUCGGAUUCCCAUGAGCUGUCUGAACUGGUUUAUUCAGCUUCCAAUCUUCUGGCCUUACUGAAUGACGGGAUUCUGAGGAAAGAGUUGCUGAAACCUCCCUCUACUGAUGAGCCCCGGCAGCGUCUUCUCAACUGGCUCGGCAUCUUGGAAAGUCUAGAGGUCUUCCUUGAAAUUGGAUCAGCAAGAGUGUGGGGCGAUCGGACGAGAUGGGUUGCCAUUUUACUUAUACAGCUGCUCAAGGCCUGUCUACGUUUAGUGCUUCUCUUCUGGUAUAAAUCUGGCAUACAGAAUUGUCCUCCUAUUACUCCUCUGGACCGAGAAGGAGUCCUGAAUCACACAGAAGAAGACAAUGGCAAACAGGACACUUGCUUUGUAGGGAAGCGUUCAAGACGUUGUGUGCGGUCUCUGAAUGAUACUCCCUCUGGCCGCAGUCGGUUUUGGCGAAGCCCUCGGGUUCCAGAUGGACAGCAGAGGAACGGUCUCAAUGACAGCAAUGCAUCACCCACUGAGCUGGGGACUCUGGGCACUAUGGCAGAAACGGUUCACAUACUGCGCCCCAUCACUCACCUGGCAGGCUUAGCUUUGUGGGGUCAGAAAUCCUGGAAGCCAUGGCUCCUGGCAGCUGCACUGGAUGUUGGCAGCUUGUCUAUAUUACGUGACAUCCCAGAGGUGAGCCGCAGGGAACAGGCAGAGCUGAGACGCAGGACCCUCCUCCUCCUCUAUUACUUGCUGCGGUCACCAUUCUACAACCGAUACACAGAAAUUCGGUUGCUCCUCCUCCUGCGCCUUCUGGGGGAUUACGUCCCAGGACUCGGGUUGGUGGCACGUCCCCUCAUGGAUUAUCUACCUGUCUGGCAGAAGAUUUAUUUCUAUAACUGGGGCUGA